AUGACGCGCGGCGAGGAGGCGCGCGGACCCUCGCGGUGCGUCCCCACCGCAACCUCAAAACCUCGCGCGACGCUUCUCACCACGUGGCCCUUUUCCCGUCCACGAGAUAUUCCUUUUCCAGCGCAGACAUCCGGGUCGAAUGCUCGGACGGCGAUGCCCGCGCUGACCUCCAAUCGUCCCUUCUUCGCGCACAGGUCCACCGCGCAGUUCUUCGCGCUGGUGCGCAAGAACUUCACGCUCAAGACCCGCGGCAUCCUCUGCUGCUGCACCGGCGUCGAGAUCAUCCUCCCGGUUUUCUUCCUCGCCGUGCUCUGCCUGCCCAAGGCGCUCGUCAAGGACAGCGUCAACAACGAUGUGGUCACCAAGCCCUACCAGAUCGCCACUCCUUGGGGCUCCACGGAGUACAGCGGCGGGCGGGGGGCCUACUGCGUCGACGGGUACAAGCUCCUCGUCGCGCCCGCCACCCCGGAGGCGACGCGCAUCGCGAACAAGGCUGCGAUGAACUUGAUCUGCAGCGGCCCGCGGAGUUCGUACGUGGACAGCUGGGCGGGCAACUUUUUGAAGGCGAUCGGGUGCGAGACGUGGGGGGGGAUGGACACGCCGUCCGAACCGAUGGUGCACCACGACCCCGCGCUCGCGGCGCUCAUCUGGAACGGCACCGGAUCGUCCAGGCUCGCCGACGUCAACGACCAGGAGUACCAAAUCUACCACGGCAGGGCGAACAACUCCACGACGACCAUGCGAGAGCUGUGCCGCGACUCGUGCCUGAGGGACACGAACGGCUGCUACAAGGACACGUGGGGCGAUCACGUCCUGCCCCAUCUCGUCAAGACCUUCGCCACCAAGGCUGACGGCUUGGCGUGGAUCGAAGCUAACCCGGGCCCGACGCUCGCCUUCGUCGCAUUCGCCGCGGGGGUGGAGGGAAGCGAAGACGCCUCCGCGAAAAAAGUGAGGUACAGCCUCCACACGAACACCACCGCGUACGACGGCGGCGAGUGCCAAAACAGCGACAGCGGCAACUGCGCGUAUCGCACCCGCGAGUACACGGUGAACGAGUGGGAGGCGGAGAGCGAUAACCCCUCGUGGAGGGGUUACGGGGUCUUCUCGAGGGUGCAGAACGCGAUCGACGCGGCGUUGAUCGACGAGAAGGACGGCGACGGCGUCGACUACGGCGUCACGCUCGACGCGUCCGUCAGGCCCUUCCCCUGGCUCGGUUACGACUACAACAUCGGCGGCAUCAUCGCCGCCGGCGUCUUUUCCAUCCUCGGCGCCCUCGCGUUUAUGUCAAACGUGGUGAUCAUCAUGAAGUCCGUCGUCGUGGAGAAGGAGCUGCGCCUGAGGGAAGGGAUGCAGAUGAUGGGGAUGUCUUCUAACAUGUACUGGCUGUCGUGGUUCUACACCCACUUCCUCACGGCGAUGUGCACCGUGGUUCUCAUCGUGAUUAUCGGCAUGUACCCGUUUGAGUACACGAAUCCUUUCCUGCAGCUGGUGUUCUACACGCUCUGGAUCACGAGCUGCAUCCUGUGGAACUACAUGAUAUCCACGGUGUUCAGCCGAAGCAUCACCGCGAGCGUCGUGGGAUGCUUCGUGUACGUCAUGUCCAUCGCGCCGGCGAUCGCGGUGCGCAUCGUGUCCCCUCAGGGCAGCGCGGGCUGGCUCGCCACUUGUCUGCUGCCGGGCUCCUCCAUCAACAUGUGGGGGCACAUACUCGCGAGGCUCGAGCUCGCGAAGGAAGGGAUCACGUUCGAAACCGCGGACAAGCACAUGAACAAGUACGGCGACUUCUCCGCGGCGUCCGUCAUCGGCAUGGUGUUCCUGGACUGCGUGUUGUACGCGCUGAUGACGUGGUACCUCGACAAAGUUUGGCCCACAGAGUUUGGCCAGAAGCUCAGCCCGCUUUUCCCGUUUACCAAGGAGUACUGGCUCGGCGAGUCGCACAACGUCGACGACGACAGCGCGACGGGCAAGGAGACGACCGAAUUCGGCGAGAACUUCGAGCCCCUCACCGACGACCAGCUGCGUAAGGCGUCGGUCAAGAUUCGAGGCUUGAAGAAGCAGUUUAGCAACGGGGUCGUCGCCGUAGACGACCUCACCGUGACCUUCGUCCCCGGCCAGGUCUCCGCGCUUCUCGGACACAACGGCGCGGGGAAGACCACGACGAUCAGCAUGCUCACCGGCACCCUCAACGCCACCGGCGGCGACGCCGUGAUCAACGGCAAAUCCAUCCGCACCGAGAUGGGACGCAUUCGCGAGUCGUUGGGCAUCUGCCCCCAGUUUGACGUCCUCUGGCCCACGCUGACGGUGCGCGAGCACUUACGACUCUACGCCGCGUUCGGGGGAAUGGACAAAGGCGCGAUCCCGGCCGAGAUUGUCUCCGCGGUGAACGAGGUGGCGUUGUCCGAAAAGUUGCACUACAAGACGGGGCAGCUGUCCGGCGGGCAGAAGCGAAAGCUGUCGCUCGCCAUCUCCUUCAUCGGAAAACCCAGCGUGGUUUUCCUGGACGAGCCCACGAGCGGCAUGGACCCUUACUCGCGCCGAUUCACCUGGGAGGUGAUCCGCAAGCGAGCGGCGACGUCGUCCAUCAUGCUGACCACGCAUUUCCUCGACGAGGCUGACCUCCUGUGCGAUCGCAUCGCCAUCAUGAGCGCCGGCAAGCUGGCGUGCGUCGGGUCGCCGGUGUUUUUGAAGAAUCGAUACGGCGCCGGUUACCACCUGACGCUGGCGCGUAAGUCGGCGAGCGCCUCCCAGGGGAAGAUAUCGGCCGGUAACGCCGACGGGGUACUCGCGCUGGUGCGCAAGUACGUCGGGGACAACGCGACGCUCGCGUCCGACGUGGGCGCCGAGCUCUCCUUUACCCUGCCGUUUGAGUCCACCGCCAAAUUUCCCGACCUGUUCAAGGAUCUGGACGGCAAGCUGGACUCGCUCGGGUUCCAGAGUUACGGCAUCUCGUGCACCACCCUGGAGGAAGUGUUCCUUUCCAUCGCGCGGGGCGGCGUCGGUGGCAACUCGGAGGCGACCAGAAAGUCUCUGGACGCGGCGAGACCCGCUACCGACGUCAACGGUAACGAAUCCAAGCUGCUGAUGGACGACCCGGACGACGAGGACCUCGACGAGGCGGGCCAUCAGAUUCGCGCGGGUUACGUCACCGGCUGGCCGCUCGUCGCGCGCCAGUGCAAGGGACUGCUGUGGAAACGCCGGCUCAACUGGCAGCGCGACUGGAAGAGCAUACUGGUGCAGCUCGCGUUCCCGGUGCUGUUCUUCGUGCUCGCCCUCGUGCUCGCGGGCUUGGAGUACGAGGACUCCAAGGAUUUUCAAAACAUGGAGGUGACCCGCCGCAUGCUCGGAAACCGACCCACGAUCGCCAGCGUCAAGGCGACCGACGCGGAGGCCGCCGCGGUUUUCGCGCAGUGGCCCGAAGGGACCGCCGUGACCCGCGCGUAUCAGCCCAUGAUGGACUGCGCGUGCAACUGCCCGGCGAAGGGCCAAAACGCCGUUUUCGAUACGGCGGCUUGUUGCAUGCAAAACCUCACCGCCGCCAUCGCGGGCGCCGCCGCGGCGGGGCUCUCCGCGGACGCGACCCUGGGGUACUGCGCGCAGGCGUCCCUGAGCGGCUUCGGCUCGGCGCAGGGUUCGUGCGGCCUCACGUCGGGCGGCGUCGGCGCGGCGGGCGGCAUGGACGUGAGCCCCCAGUGCGCUUCGGGUGGCGGCGACACCUUUGACGCGUACCUGUGGAGCGUCACCGAGGAGAGGGUGACGUGCGACAGGCAGGAUACGAUCGGGUGCGACGCCCUCCACGUCGAGGGGUACGACGCGGCGACGGGGCGGUACCAGCACACGGUGUACGCGCAUCAGAGCGCGUAUCACAGCGUCCCGGCUACCGUCAACGAGGCCAACUCGGCGAUUUUGAGGAAGAGGACCGGCGGCGCCUACGUGGGCAUAUCGGUGUCAAACGAGUGGCUCCCCGAGGUGAAGCGGUUCGUGGACGGCGACGUGGUGGACAGCAGCAACGACACCACGUUCAUCACGUCCCUGUUCAUCGUGAUGGGCGCGUCGAUCCUCACCGCGUCCGUCGUCGUCUUCCCCGUGUACGAGCGUCGCAACAACAGCAAGCACCUGCAGAUGGUGAGCGGCAUCAACAAGGUGGCGUACUGGUGUUGCCACUGGCUCGCGGAUGCGGCGCAGAUGAUUGUCCCGAUCGCGGCGAUCAUGAUCAUCUUCGCGGCUUUCAACAUCGAGCAGUACCGCGGGCAGCUCGACGCCAUCUUCGUCCUGACCCUCUGCUUCGUCUUGUGCUCCAUCACCUACACGCACCUCGUGGGCUUCUACUUCAAGAACGAGUUCUACGCCUUCGUCGGCCUCACCGGCGCCAAGCUGUUCCUGUCCGUCAUCUGCACCGCCACCGGCAUGGUGUUGGAGCUCCUGAAGGACGUCAACGACGACACCAAGAAGGCUUACGCGGCGCUCUCCGUGAUCCUCCCCAUUAUCAUCCCCCACUACUCCUACGGCAAAGGACUGUACGACAUCGGCCAGAACAAGCUGAACGAGAACCGCCAGCGGUUCAACGCGCAGACCAUGAGUCUCACCCCCAUGGGCAGCAAGGACUGGUGGGCCGAGGACGUCAUCGGAGACGACAUCGCGUGGCUCGUCGGCCUCGCCGUGGGGUUCGGCGUCCUCAUCAUACUCGUCGAGCUCUCCGAGGGGAGCAUCGCCACGCUCGCGUCCAAGGGGCUGGAGUUUUUGAGGAUCAGGUCCAGGAACACCUCCGCGGACAACUCGUCGCUCGACGAGGCUGACGACGAGGACGUCGCGGAGGAGCGCCGCCGCGUGAACGACGCGGCGGCCGCCGGCUUUAGCGCCGAUCGAAGGGGAGAAAACUCCGCCGACACCCGCGACGGCGUGAUCCUCCACGGAAUCACCAAGACGUUCGGGUUCGGGUCCGGCGCGAAGAAGGCGGUGCGCAACCUAUCCGUCGGCAUGCCCCGCGGGCAGUGCUUCGGCCUCCUCGGCAUCAACGGCGCGGGUAAGACGUCGACGUUUAAGAUGAUCACCGGGGAAUUCGCGCCCACCAGGGGCGAUACCCGAGUGCUCGUCACCGGCGGCGGCAAGCGCGAGUACCUCAGCGUGCACGAGGACCUGUCCCGCGCGCGAACCGUCAUGGGAUACUGCCCGCAGUUCGACGGCCUUCAACCCAACCUGACCGGCCGGGAGCACCUGCAGUUUUACGCGCAGGUGAGGGGCGUCCCGGACGAGUUGAUCGAGCACACCGUCAACGCGUUGCUCGAGAAGAUGUCGCUGACCAAGUACUCGGAGCGACAGGCGGGGACCUACUCUGGAGGAAACAAGCGCAAGCUCUCGGUGGCCAUCGCGCUCAUCGGCGAGCCCGCGGUGGUGCUCCUGGACGAGCCCUCGACCGGUAUGGACCCCGAGGCGCGUCGUUUCAUGUGGGACGUCAUCUCCGCGAGCACGAGGGGGCGCACCAUCGUGCUGACGUCUCACAGCAUGGAGGAGUGCGAGGCGCUGUGCAACCGGAUCGGCAUCAUGGUCGGCGGCCAGUUCAAGUGCCUCGGCUCGCUGCAGCACCUCAAGAACCGGUUCUCCGAGGGGUACACGGUGGACGUGCGGUUUCAGUCGGGCCUCGCGCGGAUCGUCUACGACGCCGUCGUCGCCAAGGGUAUCCACGCGCAGGUCAUGGAGAGCCACGACACGGAGCUCAAGCUCAGGGUGGACGACACCGGCAACACGAAGCUUUGGCAGAUCUUCGCCGCGAUCGAGGACAUCCGCGCGAUGAAAAAGCCGGAGCGACACGUCGUGCAGGUGGACGGCGAAGAUCCCAUCCCGGUAGGGGCGGACGACGCCGGCGGCUUGAUCGACGAUUACUCCGUGUCGCAGACUACGCUGGAGCAGGUCUUUGUGCGGUUCGCGUCGACGCAGAGCGAGGAGACGCAGCACGCGCCGGGAAUGACGCCCGGGAUUGACGGGUUGGGGCAGCCGCCGUUAGGAUCGUCCCUCGCCGUUCAGCCGCCGCCUCCGCAGGGCGAGUUUCACCAAUUCGCCCCGGCGGAUGCCGACGACGAACGCGCCCCGCCGCCGGACAUGGUCCCGCCGGGAUACGUCCAGCGACCGUGA